AUACAAAAUACAACACAAUCGAAUCGGUUUAAGCUGCCAAACAAUUGUUUCACAUUCGCUCUGAAAAUUUACUCAAUAUAUGUAGUUUGUUCCAAGUCAUAGAAAAUAGAAAAUAUGUCUCGCCAAAAGAAAACCAGUCUCUGGGAAUCUAGUGAUGAGAAAAUGGAUAUGAGAACCACAACACAAUUGAUGCUCGAAGAAGGUGCUAAACCGCAUCACACUGUAUGUUUGAUUGAACGGAAAUUGGUUAAUUUUCAAUCAUUCAACAUGGACGAUCCUCGAUAUGGAACCAUCGUUGUUGAAGAUGAAAUGGAACCUCCAUUGUUGACCAACUAUAUGCGUCAGUUCUCUCCCCCAUACCCAAUGGUUAGUAAGCCACGUCCCAGUGAGUCCGAAACAAAUGUGUCACCCGAUGCUCUGUUUAAUCGUAAGCCCAAAAACGAUUUUGAUCCGCAAACUGGCUUGGACUUCAAAUUUCUAGAUGAACAUAUGAAUAAUGUUACCGAGGAGCGUAAGAAAAUUAACUUUUUUAGGCAAUUGCGAAAUCAAUCUUUUUUUAAUUAUUAAAUUGAUUAUAUUAUAUCUAUGAAUUACAAUAUCGUUUGGUUGAGCAUAAACAAAAUCAUUUGAUGAUA